UUUGGAUCAUCACGAGCUUCUUCUGUUUGUUUGAUACAUUUAAACCACUGCAUGUUUUGUUGCUUUGAGGCGCGGAAGAACAAUCAGGAACAGUCGGACUCGGCCCUCUACGCUUCUAGGGUUCAUCAUCAGAGCAUACCGCGAAAACGCAAUGGCGCCUGGUAUCAGCAUCGACGACCGAAAUGCAUGGGAUGAUACCAGUUUGGUUGACGACUGGAAUGAGGUGGUGGCUGAGUACCAGAAAUAUCAUAGCAUCCAAGCACAAGGCAAACGUCUAGAGGACGUUCUUAGCAAAGACGAGCUGGCAGAAUUGAGGCAGGACUACGAAGAUCUGAUGGGAGAAGAAGAAACCAGAUCAAACAAUGCCGAUGCAAACACCAAGGCGGAUCACGAACCUGCCGGCAGACCUACUGAAGACACUAAUGAUGAUGGGUGUCUUGGUCAGGAUGCAAUUCAGGCAGAGGAACCAAAGUCUUCCGGAAACCGAGAAGAGUCAAGAACGGCAGAAUCCUCAGCGCCAGUGCAUGAUGUGGCUACAAAUCCUGCCAUGCCACAGGCUAUUCUCGGGACCGUGCAAGACGAGAAUCUCAAGAACUUAAUGAUGUCCUGGUACUAUGCUGGCUACUACACCGGAUUGUACGUCGGGCAGCAACAGGGGACUCCUGAGGCACCUAGGUGAGGCAAAAGUAGGAUUCGGGUUGGGUUUUUCUCGGCCACCGCAGUCGAGGAAAUGGAUUGCGAUGCCCGUCAGUAGUCUUGAACGAAGGUAUCAAGAAAUGCGAAGCCGAUAGCCAUGGAACAGGCCAAUCAAUACCCGGCCUGUGUGGCGCACUACGCAUCAAGCCAGUUCGGUAUCAUCGAGCCGCGAAAUGAGGUUUUCAUCUUUCAAUGCAGUGUGAUCUUUCCCACGUUGUCCCUGCAGGCAUACCCCUGAAAAUUGUCCCCGUAUUUAAGGCUUGGUGAAGCUUGGUAACCCGUUUUGGGACCGUGCGGCGUGAAGCGA